AUGGGUAUUGUAUACUUCGGCAUUGGUAAUGUACAAUACGAUGAGAAGAACUACCAGAGUGCGCUCUUAUCUUUCCAACAGACACUCGUAUCUCACCAAAAUUCGCCUUCUCCUGAUUAUACUUUUCUAAUCGCUAUCUAUAGAAGCAUCGCUGUGUCGUAUGAAGCCAUGGGAAAUUAUUUAAACGCACUCUCAUUCUAUAAAAGUAUUCUGGAGCUCAAACAAACAGUUAGUGCUCCUGAUACUCCUGAAUUGAUUUCCAUUUAUGUCGGUAUUGGUACCUUGUAUAACAAAAUGGAAGAAUACUCGAAUGCUCUCUCGUUCUAUCACAAGGCUCUUGAAAUUAAGGCAAAAUAUCCCAAUUACGAUGAACUAGACGUACCUUUCAUUUCCAAUAUCAUCGGUUCCACAUAUUGUAAGAUGAAUGACUAUCAGAAUGCACUUUUAUUCUACCAAAAAACAGUUGAAAUCGAACAAAACUGCCUUCAUCCAUCUCAUAUUGACUUGGCUACAGCCUACAACAAUAUCGGAACAAUGCACAGUUUCAUUGGUAACUACUCAAGCGCCAUACAAUUUUAUCAAAAGGUAUUGGAAGUUCAACAAAACUCACUUCCCCCCGAUCAUCCUGAUCUUACUAAUACUCGUAACAAAAUUAUCGCAGUGCGCGAACAGAUGGAAAACUAA